AUGGAUUGCGACGCAGAUACUCUACGAGUGGCCAAGAUAGAGCCGAAAGAUGAGGCUCAAUCGCCUCAUCCCCAACACGAGCGGCCGUCAUCUGUCUCCCUUCAGGAGCCCAAAAGCGAGCCCGAUGAAAAGAUUAUGCCAGCUUCUUCCGAUGACGAGGAUUCCGCUAGUACCUCACCACCCCCACACAAGGCGUUUUCGUAUCGCAACAAGAUGAAGAAUAUGAAGGACCCUGAGACCUGGGAAACCUUCACCCAGCAGGUCCUGCCGUUGCUUGAUGAACUCGAGCCUGAAUGCAGGAAAAUGGCCUCCUCCCGGAAGCUCCAACCAGCGGUAAGAAAAGCCGCAUGUCAUUGGUUGCAACAGAUCCGCGACCUCCGUGAGCGAGCGGAGCGUUCAAACCAGACUAUCGUCGGCGUUCUUGGGAACACCGGUGACGGAAAGAGCUCCACCAUCAAUGCUCUGCUGGACGAGGAGAACUUGCUUCCUACGAACUGCAUGCGUGCCUGCACAGCCGUCGCCACCGAGCUGUCGUAUAACCAUGAAGAUGACGAAGAAAACCCAUACCGAGCAGAAGUGGAGUUCAUCUCCCGUGACGAGUGGUCGCGCGAAGUGAGUGUUCUUCUCAGAGACCUUGUUGCGGACGAGGACAUGAAAAUGGACGACAUGGACCCCAAUAGCGAUGCUGCGAGGGCUCUUGCAAAGAUUCUCGCGGUGUAUCCCUCACUGGACACUCGCACGCUGACCGAGAGCAGCUCUGCUCAACUCGUCGAACAUCCAAACGUGCGAGAGCUUCUGGGAACGACCAAAACCGUGAAGGCCCCCUCUGCUUCGGAAAUCCGAGAACAAGUCGAGCCUUACGUCGACUCCAAUGACAAGGAUGAUGACACGGCGGCUUACUGGCCCUUGGUCAAAGUUGUCAGGAUCUUCACCAAGGCUCGCGUUCUUUCGAAUGGCGUCACAAUUGUCGAUCUGCCUGGCCACCAGGAUUGGGAUGCAGCCCGAGCCGCAGUUGCCUCCCAGUACAUGAAGGCUUGCUCAGGCAUCUGGAUCGUGGCGCCCAUCAACAGAGCCGUCGAUAACAAGACUGCAAAAGAUCUCAUGAGCAACUCUAUUAGGCGCCAACUCAAGCUCGAUGGAGCAUACUCGGCCCUGACCAUCAUCUGUUCGAAGACGGAUGAUAUCACCAUCAACUCGGCCAUGGAAAGCUUGAAAGGCAAGCUUUGUAAGGAAACCAUGCAAGCAUGGAAGGACGCUCUUGCAUGUGAGCGACGCAUCAAGGCUUUAGAGAAGGAGCUUUUGGCACUUCGGAAGCGUCGCAGUGCGACUCAGGCACUCGGUUCGGCCGGCUCCCGCAAGAGACGGGCGAAAAGAGCAAGGACGGAGGCUCCCAGCAAGUCUCGUGCCACUGCUGUCUCGCAUGAACCCGCUGACGAGGAUGCCGGUACUGAAGCAAGCGCGUCGAAGUUUGAUGAGAAGGAACAGGAACUGUACGAUUGGAAGCUGGAAAAGAAAGAGCUGAUGGAUCAAGUCCAUGCGCAGUGCAUCCAGAGACGGAACGAGCUUUCCAGAGAAGCUGUCAAGCGACACCUUGCCAAAAGCUUCAGAGACCUUGACCGCCAAGAUGCAGCAGGCUACGAAGCCCAAACCGACGGAGAGCCGCGUGAUUACGAGGACAUGUCCCGCCAGACUCCCGUGUUCUGUACCAGUAGUCACGUCUACCAGCAGAUGCGAGGCCUUCUCAUGACCGACAACGACUUGACGCCCGGCUUCGAGACGGAGGACGACACCGAGAUCCCCCAGCUCCAGGAUCAUGCUCAGAAGCUAACCGAGGAGCUGCGUGUUGCUAAGCAGAAAGAAGUGCUGAGCGGCAUCUGCCAAAUUUUAAACUCGGUUGCGAUCUGGGCACAGGAUGCUUCGAAAUCGACUGUCACCAUUGACUCGGCAACCUUGACGACGUCGUUGCAAAUGUUCGAGGCAAAUCUCAAGGCUGACGGUCAAAGCUGUAUCGACAGGCUGGACAUGGAAGCGCAAACCAAACUCUAUGACGGGCUGACUCGAUUGACCAGCACCGCUACUACGCAGGCGGGAAUCAUUGCCAACAAAUGGCAGAGCAUCAACGGAGGUACCUUCAAGGCAAUCUGCCGCCGCGGUGGAGUGUUCAAGCAUCACGACUUCAACGAGCAACUUCUCGAGCCCAUCUUGAACGGCAUUUCUGCUACUUGGGACAAGUUUUUCCAGUUCAACAUCGCCAGUGUGCUCGACGGCUUUUCAGUUGCGGCUACCGGAAGACUGACUGCGUUCCACGAGGGCAUCGUCGAGCAGCUCGGCGACCAUGACUUCGGGGAGCUACAAGCUUCGGUGCAGCUUGAUCAGCAGCUGAAGCUCCACAAAGAGCGCAUCCUGCGGCUUGCCGCGCAGAGUCGGGCGGACAUUGACCAAGCCCAGAAGGACGCCAGCCGCGCCUUCAGCCCGGCUGUGGAGGAAGUCAUGAUGCCCGGCUAUCAGCGCUGCGCUGUCGAGAAAGGAAAGGGGAUGGUAAAACGGAUGCGGGCCAUGAUUCAGGAACACAUCCGCAAGAACAAGGUCCAGAUGUUUCGCAGCGCGGUGAAGAACGUCAGGCACAGCCUCGAGCAGGGGACGAAGCUGGUCGACGAUAACAUGACGGAGCAGAUCAAGACCAUCGCCGCAACAAUGACGGACGACUACAUGCUCGCCCUGGCCGAGAGACAGAAGUCUGCCCAUCUUCACGAAGCCAAGUUCAAGAAGGAAGUCAUGGAGGUAUUGGAAACGGCCGCAAACCAUUUCAACUGA